GGCAGCGUGAGGAGACGACGCUUUCAGCUCCUGAUCGCCAUCCGAGCACCGCUCAACUCUCUGGAAAGCUCCGAACCCCAGGAAGCCUGCGGAGAACACUCAGCCUCUCUUCUUCCCCUUCUGCAUCUCUUAUUGGAGUUUUCCUUUUUGGAAAGUAAGAAGACAUGGAAAUAUUAGCAAGAAAGGACCAGGAGGUGUGCAUGUGUGCCGCGUCCUGAUGGGUCUGAAGAGUGACUGACGUUUUCCAGCGGGGGGAGGAGAAACCACGGGGAUGGCUCACAUUUCUGCGCUGUUUUAUCUUCGGGUUUAAAUGUCUCUGAAUCAGACUUUAUCAGCGUGAGCGUGUGAAGGAGACGGGAAAGUUAGUGAGACGCACGUCAGGAUUGAUCAUGUUGAUGAUCCGUCUCUGUCAGCCGCCGCCGUCUCACUCUCACAGGUGCAGGGAUGAGUUGAUCCGACUCGGAGAGGAUGCCGGAGGAUUGUCUCACACACACACACACACACAUACAGGCAGCGUCGGAUCCACAGGUAUGAAACCCAGAAAGCUUCACACCUUUCCUCAAAUUCCCUGAAAGAUCACUGAGCCCGGAUCAGCGGGUCUGACAGCGAAACAUCCUGCUGGGAAACUUCUUCAGAUUAAACUUGGACUGAAACACUCCAGACUUCACAUGGACGUCAUGUUUUCACCAUGAGAGGAGCUUUGAGGUGGAGAAACCUGGAACUGACGUCCCGCUCGCUCUUCAGAUGGAUUCUGGGGGAUUUGUUUGAAGAGUCAGGAACGGGCCAACAUUCGGUUUGAGGUUUUUUCGAGCGACUCUUUCUGUGAUUUUUCAUUUGUAUGAGUUGGAUUUUCGCUGGAUGUUCGUUCACGGUCCUCUUGUGGGGAGAUGAUCUGUUGGUCUCCAUCCAGCUCCAGGCUUGAGUUUCCCUCUGAGAUGACGGAGUAAAUAAGUGACGGCUCAUUAGUCCGGUGAUAAAUGGUGCGGUAUUUAUGGUAUUCACCUGGGCACGGCGAGCGAGUCGAUGAUGGCCAGAAUUACCUCCCCCUCCGGCGGCGCUGACCCAUUUUCCAGGCAGCCGUCCUGAGGCCGCAUCGCGCCGACGCCAUGAACCUGUCCGAGCUGAUCUCCAAGACGGUGGGAGCCGUGGUCCCUCUGGAGCCCGAGCCCUGGGCUCCUCGGGGCUUCGCCAACGCCUCGACCCCGACGUGUCCCGGGGACGGCGGCGCCAUCGACGCAGGGCUGGGGAACAGGACGCACCGCAUCGGCGGCGAAGGAGCGUUCGCAGCUCCGUGUCCUCCAGAGCCGCUGGGGGACAAGAACUGGGCGGCGCUGCUGAUCUUAGCCGUCAUCGCCGUCACCGUGAUGGGGAACAUCCUGGUCAUCCUGGCCGUGUCUCUGGAGAAGAAGCUGCAGAACGCCACAAACUAUUUCCUGAUGUCGCUGGCCGUGGCCGACAUGCUGCUGGGCAUUCUGGUCAUGCCGGUGUCGAUGGUGACGAUUCUCUACGAUUACGGCUGGCCUCUGCCCCUUGACCUUUGCCCCAUCUGGAUCUACCUUGACGUGCUGUUCUCCACGGCGUCCAUCAUGCACCUCUGUGCCAUCUCCCUGGACCGAUACAUCGCCAUACGCAACCCCAUCCACCACAGCCGCUUCAACUCCCACACCAAGGCCCGCGUCAAGAUCAUGGCGGUGUGGACCAUCUCAGCAGGGAUCUCCAUGCCCAUCCCUGUUCUGGGACUCAGAGACCACUCCAAGGUGUUCAAAGACGGCAGCUGCCUGCUGACAGACAACAACUUUGUGCUGGUGGGCUCCUUCGUGGCUUUCUUCGUUCCCCUCACCAUCAUGGUCGUCACCUACUUCCUGACCAUCAGCGCCCUGCAGAACGAAGCCACCCUCUGCCUGGACCAGCUGGUCCCUCGGCCCAAAUGGAGCACCACGUUCAGCCUGAGCUUCCUGCCGCAAGCAUCUCUGUCCUCUGAGAAACUCUUCAGGCGCUCGAUCAGCCGCGAGGCGGGAGGCGCGGGAGGCGGCGCGGGAGGCGGCGCCGGCGCCGGCGGCCUGAGCGGCUCCCGGGGAAGCAUCUCCAGCUCGCUCUUCGGGCGUCGCACCAUGCAGUCGAUCAGCAACGAGCAGAAGGCGUCCAAGGUCCUCGGGGUGGUGUUCUUCCUCUUCGUGGUCAUGUGGUGCCCGUUCUUCAUCACCAAUGUGCUGGUGGUGGCGUGCGACCCGGCGGUGUGCGACGCCGGAGUCAUGGGAGGCCUGCUCAACGUCUUCGUCUGGGUGGGAUACUUAUCCUCCGCCGUCAACCCGCUGGUCUACACGCUGUUUAACAAAACGUACCGCGCGGCGUUCCUGCGCUACGUUCGCUGCCAGUACCAGCCCGAAAAGAAGCCGCUCCAGCUCAUACUGGUGAACACCAUCCCGCCGCUGGCGUACAGCUCCACCCAGCUGCCCCUGGGCCACGUGGGUCAGCUACGAAAUGGAGCAGCGCACCCCAGUGGUGAAGGGAGGAAACUGUGUCUCCCAGAGGUCAAAACAGAGACGUGUAGCCAAGAAAAAAGGAACAGAGACAAAGAUGAGAGCUGUGUGUAAGUCAACAAAACAUGGCUGGACUUCAGCACAGCGGAUCUGAUGAGGCUUCACGUCUCACCUGGGGUCAGGGGUCACCUGAGGGCAGCAACAAGCUGGAGACUUCAAAUUAAAGUGCCAAAAACAAAAGUGCCUCCCUGUCAGGAUUAUCCAGAUACGAGUCCUCCAACCUGUUGAAAAAACACGAUGUACCAGUACACACUGAGCAGCCAUAACAUUAAGACCACCUGCCUGAUAGUGACCAAACGAACCCCGGCCUGUCGAGUCAUGGUACCUGACACUCAGACAGGAGCAGAUCCGUCCAGUCCUGGAAGCUGCCGGAUAGAGCCGACAACUGGGCAUCAGCUAGGAUUCAGCCAUCUGUGAACUUCUCUUCCUUCUAUUUGACAGAUACUGAUGAUGGCAGUAACACGUCACAAGAGGAGUAGUAACAUGAAUCAAACGUCUAAUAGGUCAAUUACACCCUUUCCUAAUUCGCUGAAAUCCUCAUCCAUCAAAUCCAGAUUAAUUCCUACAGGUGGGAGAUUUAUUACUCAGAGAGAUGAAGAAAGGUUGAUGAUCUCUUUACCUUGGCAGCUGUCUGUGGUCAUAAUGUUAAGGCUGAUCUGUGCAGUGGAUAAAGUUUGACAGACGCCUGACGUACCAGUUUUUAACCCACUAAAUGUCCUCAGAAACUUCUUUCAUGGAUCAGAGCAGCAGCUUUUGGUCUCAUUGAUUUUUUUUUAAAGCCUUCUGCACACUGCCAGAAAACAAAAUUGUAUUUUUCACUUAUCGGUUUUUACAGAUCUGGAGGGCAUCUGUACCUUACGAUCGGAGGAGUGAAACUGAAGUGACAUGACUCACCUCUGUGGCUGGACGAAAAGGCUAAAUGACGAAUAGGCUGUUCAUAUAAUUUCCUUUUCAGCUGCUUUGACCUCACCUCCACCCGUGUUUGUGCGACUCCUUGGCGCAGUCGGGUGGCUUCUACCUCCCAACACACCUCUGGGUGGAUGAGCGCGGAUUAAAGUGGAUUUCCUGCCACCUUAUCAGAUGAUGGCGUCAGAAGAUCCAGGAUGAGCCCGACACUGGCAGAGGUCCGAUAAACCUGCCCCAAACAGAAGGAAAACCUCACGCUGCUGUGUUUUCAACAGCUAAAGGGAAAGUGAGGAUUUCUGUCUCAGAGCUGGUCCGAAUCAGGCUGGGAGAGACACUUCAAAUAAAUAUAUAUUUGUAUUUUUGUGCAAAGAUAUGUGAAUAUAUGUAUUUGAUCAUUGAGACUAUAUCUAUAUACUUAGAAGAGAGAAUGAGAUUGUGGCUGAUAUGAUGCAGUGUAAAAUGAGAUUACAUGAGUUGGAAGCAGAAAGUGAAGAUGCACUCGUCGUGGAAGUUUUUUUUGUGUUCAAGCAAAACUUUCUCUUCACAUUUUGAGCGGUUUAGACAAAAAGACGAAGCCGCCUCUGGAGUCUCUGCACAACGUGCCGAUUUGUCAGACAGCAGGAGGCCCCAGAUUUAAAUUUCACUUGAAAAUAUGCGAAGCUGGUGCGUAACAGAGAUUCUAAUGCGGGACAGACCACGCUUGUAGCACUCGAGGAGAAAUCCUCUUUUCACUUUGAAUUGUGAGUGUGGAUCCUGUACUGAUCCCUUCAGUUCGCUCAGAGGAGCACGCUCACACGGCAACAAUUUCAAGUGAAAAUGCAAAACUUCGGUUGCAUUUUGAGUCUGUUUACAUGACAACGGCGCUCGGAGCCACUGAAAACAACUCGUUCAGCAUGAAAAUGGGUGAAAAAAAACAUUUUCUAUAAAAUGUUUCUGUAGAAGGCAAAGACGCUUUUUUCCCACAUCAUUUUCAAAACACUGCGGUGGAAACGUGGAACUUUUCGGAAACAAAAGCGCAAUAACGAUGCUUUUCACUUGAAACGUUGUCGUGUGAACGGGACCUCUGUUAGAUGAAGUGAGUGUAGAAGAAUAACAUCGGCUUGGUUUUGGCCAAUGCAAUAUCAAAAGGAAAGUUAGCUUUAAGCUAGCUCCAUAUCCAUCCACAGGGUCCAGUUUGUAAAGCCAGUACUGUUUUUACACAAUGAGACAUUUUUGUACAAUAAAUCAUCAGUGUUGUAUUUUGAGGAAGUGUCACGAGAAAGCCAAACAUUGCUCAGGGUAUCCUCAAGGUUUAGGAGUUGUGUGAUAAUAUUGUGUGGUGUUACAUUGAAUCUGAAGUUUUAUAUUGUACAUGAAGCAGGUGGGUUUUACUUUUUGUUACUGUCAACAGGUGACGAUAUAACAAACAACUACGGCUCAUAAACAGGAUUCAAACUGCAAAGUCGCUCCUAAACAGGGUCAAUCAGGCGAAGGGGUUGGUCACCUUUCUUGCAGGUCCUGGUUUUCUUUACAGGGAAGCCAAGCGCUUGUGGACACGCCCACUUUCACAAAUGACAACAACAGCAACAACAAAACAGCACAAUUCAAAACAGAGCAAAUGUUUCUGUCCUCUUCCCUGGUCUAGAAGUGUCUAGAAAGUGGGUCCUGAGAGACAAAGCUUCUCGUCGGCAGGUGAGUUCGGAGCAGCAGGGGUCGGUAGCUAACGGUGUGGUUUAGACUCCUCAGUACAAUCGUCAGAAUUAAUCAUGUGUAAAACUCAGCCAUCACCGUGGAUGAUCAACACCAGUGGAUUUCAUUUUUGAUUUCGGCAGUGAUAUUCCCCCAAGCUAUUUGGCCCAAAGCAAACCAGGUGAAAACUUCACAUCACAGGGUUUUACGAUCAUUGAUCAGGUGAUUUCACCUCCCCUGCUUAUCCAUGCUUUUCUGUUAAAGACUCCGGGUCAGCACUGGGCGGCCUGCUGCAUCAUCAUCAUCAGUUUGUGAGAAACUAAAAGGUGUACUGUUACAGGCGCACUGAGAAAAGUUAUGUCUCUGAUUAAAACGAGCGCUUUAUCAAGUCACCAUGGACGACUCUCAUGGCAUUUUGGGUCCAUUUACGUGACAAUAAUGCUUUAAACCAUUGAAAAUGUGACUUUUUGCUCCCAUGGUGGAGUUUGUGGGAAUGAAAUUGGCCAAUCUGACCCUGUUUUCCUGCCAUUUCUGGGAAACGGACAAUGUUUUCAGAAUUCCCAUUUAAAUGAAAAUGCAAAAUUCAGUUGAAACGUGUCAAAGGGGCUAAAUGUGUUCUGACAUUGUUUUUUUUCACCCAGUAACAAAAUGGAAACAGUUGAGCCAAGCUCCAGCCCGAUUAUUCUUUUUGAUGCGAUGGUUUGAAUCCUGUUUUCAACAUUUGUUUUUAUGCCUCAUCAUGUCUGAAUUCCUCGGCAGUUCAUUUCCCAGUGAGACACUGCACCACCUCCUGUCGUGUUUCACCAUUUUGUCAUGUUGCACCUUCCAGAAGUCUGACCCAGACUUAAACUAAAGCGGUGGAAAAGCUGAAUCUUGAUGUCAGGGGUUUCUUCUCUGUGUUCUGUGUGCCUGUAGAGAGUCGUGUGUUCGAAGGUCUCAUUUGGUUUGAUAUUGUUAAUCGUCCGGCUGGUUAAGAGGCUUCUUCCAGGAUCUGGAUCGUCUGAGAUUUAAUGAAGCUGGUCUCAGUGUCGUAAUGUUGCAGUGACGUGAAAACCAUGGAAACCCGGGGCUGCUCUGGACCCACCGUGGGGGAGGGGAGGGGGCAGUAUCCAUUUUGAAAUGUGGUGUUUGAUGGUGAUGUUUUUUUGGAUGUCAGUUGUAUGAAAACAUUUUUUUGCCUUCUUUUUUUUU